AUGGAGCUCAUGGCCAGCAACAUUCAGGUGCUGCUGCAAGCGGCGGAGUACCUGGAGCGCAGGGAGAGAGGUACCACCUGCCUAUCUCAGGGUCGGGGGCGGUGAUUUGGCUAUGCGGGGUAUGAGGGCCAUCGGAGGCAGGCAGGCAGGACCGGCUGUCCUCCGUGUGAGCGGGGCGGAGGAAUGGGGUGGUGUUGUUUCCUUAGAAUGGGGUGGGUUGUUUCCUUAGAAAAGAAGUGUGCUGGGGGUUAUUAAAUGGUGCGGAGGCGAAAUCGUUCCGAGCCUCGGAUUUUGUCUCGCAGAAGCCGAACAUGGCUACGCUUCGCUGUCCCCUUACUCCGGGAAAGACUCGUUGCAGCCCCGGAAGAGGUCCAAGCCUCGGAAUGACCUGCAAAACCUCAGGUAAGACCCCGGGUUUUGUUCUACUAUUGCCAUUGGAACUGGUAUUGCAGUGGAACAUCUGGUGAUGGACUAACUGAAAACAGAAGUCUAUAUAGCGAAAUAAAUAAAGAAGAUGGGGGUGUGAAAUCUCAGCGAGGCUGGCAAAACGCUUCUUCAAAGUGAUGGGGUCUCCACCAGAAACCAAAUGCUUGUAUAUGACAUGAGACAACCAGGUUCAAAUGCAGCAUUAGUUGUAUGGACAGUAGGCCUGAAGUUACUGGGUUUGAUUAAUACUGAUCCAUGAAUUUCAGUGGGUCUACUCUGAAUUAAAUUAGUUGGAUACAAGCCAUAGCCACCAGUGGAGUUCUCUCUCUCUCCUGGACAUCAGUUUUUGGCUUUGUGGUUUAAGAAAAUCAAAACCUCCUUCAUUGGUUUUACCUUGCUCGGGAAUUGGACUAGGUAUUUUGUUUUGCUUUUACAUUUUCCACUGGAGCAAGGCUCACAUUUCAAUACAUGGACCCCGAGGUUCAUAUACUCUACUGCGUUACUAUCCAAUAGGAGACAGAAGUCCUAAUUGCAGGAAACAAAAUGCUUUAAUUGAUGGUUGCAUAUUUCCUGUGACAUUGUGCAAGCUCCGAGGAACUGCAUUCCUGGCAUAGAGGUUAGCAGUUAUGACUAUUCCUGACAUCUGGUUCUUUGAAACCAGUUGUGCCACUGUCACACAACCACAAGCGUGAGAACAUAGGAAACGGCCUUAUCCUGAGUCAGAGCAUUGGUCCACCUAGCUCUAUUGCUGUCUAUAUGCCAGGCGUAGCCAAUGUGAUGUCGGACUGCAUCUCCCAUCAUCCUUGCAAAUUAGCCAUGCAGCUAUGUUGCCAUCCAACAACAUUUUGAGAGCACAACAUUGCUUGCCUGGUCUAUACUGGCUGGCAGUGGUCUUUUGUAGCCCUACCUGGAGAUGUUAAGGAUUGAAACUGGAACCUUCUACAUGCAAACCAUAUUCUCCAUCCCUGAGUUUUGUACCACCCCUCAGCUUUCUUACUGCAGAAAUAGUUACACCCACCUCUUGCAGUGUGCUGUUGCACUUGUCAUUUUCUCUGUGAAAUCUGACUCUUCUCAAAUAGGCAUUUAGUUUUACAUUACCUCAAGCUUGUACCUGCCACCCCAGACUUAGGGAUUUGUGCUAUUUAUUACAUGUUUCCUGGGCCCUUGGAUGUGUGGAUUUCUGAUGAUGUAGCAAACAGGACCUUGACUGGUCCAGUCCAGUGCCAGUUACUGGGCUUCUUCAUAAACUACUUUAGAGAAUGAAAUGGAUCUUCUUCCUCUCCUGUCCUGCAUAUUCACUAUGUGGAUAGUAGACAUUGAGCUUUGGGAAGGUAGGAUUUUAGUGGGAUUGAAUGAGAACUUUCUGUCUCGGUGGACAAUGUGAACAAAACCAAUUAUCAUUUUUCUAUAAAUCUAAAUGUGAUCCAUUAAUCUUAUUUCCUAUUCUUCUUUCUUUUCAGAACUGUGCACAAUGAGCUGGAGAAGCACAGGUAAAUUUUCAUAUAGGAAGGGCUGGGGUUGCAGGGAGAAGAGGGGUAAUUUCUCAUUUAUCAUGUUCAGUAGGAAGUGGGAGUUGACAGCACUGAACAUACCAGCUCCUCUUUAUAAGAGCACUUCCUGUCUAAGUAGAGAGAUGGAAUUCGUGAAGUAGCAAAAGCAUUUUACAGCUGAGUAAGAAGGCUGCCCCAGGCCACUUCUACCUUGCCAAACUUAGGAGAUGUGCAUCGAAUUUUUGUAUAAGGAGUUAGCACGCUGUUGACCACUAGUUUUCAAUAGGAUUUUAUUUUUAAAUGGAGAUGCACAUAGGAGAAUGUCCAUGGAGGGAGAUGUAAGGGAAAAAGUAUGUGAAAUAUUUGGAGGACUAUACAUACUUUCCAAUCAAAUGGUGAUAAAGUUAACAUGUACUUACCACAGCUAAGUAAAUAAAGUGUCUUGACCAUGGGUAGGCAAACUAAGGCCCGGGGGCUGGAUCCAGCCCAAUCGCCUUCUAAAUCUGGUCCACAGAGAGUCCGGGAAUCGGUGUGUUUUUACAAGAGUAGAAUGUGUGCUUUUACAGUGGUGCCCCGCAAGACGAAUGCCUCGCAAGACGGAACCGCUGGUACGAAAGGGUAUCCGUCUUGGGUGCUUCGCUAGGCCAAUUCCCCUGAGCGCCGCAAGGCAGAAAAUACCUUUGCGGUCUUGGGAUUUUUCGCUUUCCCCCCUUUAUCUAAUCUGCCAAGCCUUUAGCCAGCCUUUAGCCAGCGUUGUUGCGAUGCUUGCGUUUUGAACUAUUGUGCGACAGCUAAUCCGCGCUAGUGCGCGCUAAUCCGUCACUAGGCUUGCCGCCCAGGACGUGUGAGCGAAGCGGGUUGCGCGGGGCAGUUGGUUAGUCUCGGCAAGUUCGGGCACCACUGUAUUUAAAUGCAUCUCUGAGGUUGACUAUUGGGGAUGCGUAAGAAUUCGUUCAUUUUUUUUAAAAAAAAAGUCCGGCCCCCAACAAGGUUUGAGGGACAUUGGAUUGGCCCCCUGCUGAAAAAGUUUGCUGACCCCUGGUCUUGACUCUCCAGCAUUGAGAUCCUGGCACCUCCUGCAAUGAAGGUGCCGUGUGAUAAAUUUGUCAUUCCUGAUUAACUUUGCAUAAUUGUCAAUCCCUGUAUAUCAUAUCUUGCCAAAAUGCCUUUUUUGAGUUCCUGGUUUAAUUUAAAAUGCUCACAUGUGGUUUCCAUUGGGGUAGAGGAUCACAAGAUGUUCAACUUAGACCAUAAAACUCAAUACCUACAUUAAAUAGAUGUCAGGAAAGCCAUGAUUGGAACUCCUGUGUUUUUUUAAAGAAGUUAAAAGCCGUCUGAAGGAGUUAACCGCCUCCACACACAAAUCACUUCAAUCUUAUACAUACACACACACACACACCUCUGAUAACUAGACAAAGACCGUGUUAUGGAUCUUCUGAUACAACUCGUUUGGGCCAGUUUUUAGUUCUGUGCUCUUAUGGUACGGCUUUCUAACUGUUACGAUCCUGUAUGCAGUAGCCAUAGAUCACUCUACCAGGAUUUCUAUACAGUGAGAGAUGGGAAGAAAGCCAUGUUGGUUGGAUCUGGGUGUCUGUAAUUCUGCUCAAGCUGCUUAUUAUAACCAUCCCAAUUUGUAUACUUCUGCUACCUUUAUCUAUCUACCCAUAUCAGCUUGCUUGGAUUCAGGAAGACAGGCUUGUAAGAGUUGCAGGCAGAUGACGAGAUCUGGUUCUGUUUCCCCCUCUGUACAUAAAGUUAAUUAAUUACAAUGACGUCUGAGACCUGGCCUACAUGGAUGACUAUAGCUCUCUAGCUAGAGGAGACUUAGGCACACAUUUUCCAAUUUUGUAAGGGCCUGGAAGUUGCCUCAAGGCCUUACCCAGAGACGAGGUGAGCUCCCGUGCCAUCUCAUGCAUCGAACCCACAUUGUGAUCUCUUUCUCGCUGGCAGGAGGGCUCAGCUGCGUCAUUGUUUGGAUCAACUAAAGCAACAGGUCCCCAUGAACACGGAGUGCUCUCGUUAUACAACCCUUAGUCUUUUGCACAGAGCCAGGCUGCAUAUUAAGGUAAGCGACACACUUCCCUGCUUACUGGCUGUCUUUCAAGGUUGCCUUGCCAGCCUUGUACUUUAAACUUGGAAUACACGAGACAGAAGGAUCCAACAGAUUUACUGAGUAGGGCUAGAAAUGGAUCGAACAGCUUCCAACCUCCAGAGGGGUGAAAAAUCACAUGCGUGUGACUAAACCUCUUAUUUUAGCAGUGUGUUCUGUUGCUAAGGGGUAUACCUUUUUAUUUUACAGCAUAUGAACUAAUUCACCUUGGGUGCUUCAUUUGGCCCUGCUGGAUCAUACCCCUGUGACCUCCCAUCUUGCCAGCAGCUGUGGCCACCCAAAUGUUUCCAGGGAAUUUAUAAGCCAGACAUCAAAGUCCUCCUGGACAGCUGUGCAAUGUUGCUUCCCAAAAACUCACAAAAGCUGGUAAACCCGGAAGCAGCCGAAGCAUUUGCUAUAGUUAUCGGAUAUUGUCCUUGACUCCUUUUCCCCUUCCAGAAGCUGGAAGAGCAGGAGCAGAGAGCACAGCAACUGAAGGAGAGGCUACGCUGUGAGCAGCAGAACCUGCACCAGCGGCUGGAAGAGUUGCUGGCUCAUUCCAGCGUGGAGAGGCUGCGAACCGAUAGCCUGGACUCUUCUCGGUUCUCCUCCGAACGCUCCGAUUCAGGUGGGUGUUGCCGUACAAUUGGAUGGUCUGUGCUGCGGUCCCCAUAGCUGGAUGCGUUCUAUUGAAGGCAUAAGUGUAAGAGCAGGGUACACUGGACAUUUCCUACUACAGCCUUCCUCAACCUGGUGCCUUCCAGACGUUUUGGACUAUAAGUCCCAUCAGUCUCAGCCAGCACAACUGUGCUGGCUCAGGUUGAUGGGAGCUAUAGUCCAAAACAUGGAGAGUACCAGGUUGUGGAAGGCAGGGGUGGGGAAUUUGUGACAGCUCCAAAUGUUGCCAGACUACAACUCCUAUCAGCCCUCUGCAAGCAUGACCAAGAAUGGCAGGUGUUGCCGUUCAGCAGCAUCUGGAGGUGUCCCAGCUCCCUUGCCUCUAGUGACCUUCUGGAGUGUCUGUAAAAGAUACUAGAUCCUGUAUGGGUAAAGAACUCUGAUGUAUUUUUUUUUUCUGCUACAGAAGAUGCAGAGGUGGACGUGGAAGGUCUGGCGUUCAGCAGCGUUGAAGAGGAUGUUGUGGCUGCCUUCAGCACUGGGCAGGAACACAGUUAUUCCAGUGCCAGCAACUUUUGGUUAUGA